UUAGGUCCAUGCAACCUAAAGAACAACAACAACAAAUUUUCGGGAAUUGUGGCCCGAAAUGAUCGUUUUUUUCCAUUUGCUUCUAGCAUUUGUAAAAGAGUUUGUUACAUUUAAAAAGGAUAAAAAAGAUCAAGCGGUUCAAGUGUCGGAGAAGUAUUUCAUCAGGAUCGAAACUCUUUUAAAUGCUAUAAGAAAGCACAAUAAGGAUCAGCGACAUUCUAGUAAAGGUCAUCAUACAAGAAGAAUAAUGUACCAGGAUCUCUAUUCAGACUCAGACUCUGAUGAUGGUUUUGUGCUGUCCUCAGAAACUAGUUCUGGCUUGUUGGAAGAUAAUACAACAUUUAUACCUGAACCUCAUCAUGUAAACAUUCCAGAGGAGGUUGAUAGACCUGGUGCCGGAAAGAAUCUAGUUCCAACUACUGUAAAACAAGGUUUGGAGAAACAGUCACUGAGUCAUCAUCUUGCAGCUCAAGCCACACAACAUAAACCCGUUGGCCGGGGUUUUGGAAAGGGCCUUGUGUCAACGAAACCCCAGCAUGAAAUUGGUGCAUGCAAGACAAAAGGGACACCAGAUACUGAAGGAAAUGUUAAGCAAAGAACUGCUUCUUCUAAACCCAGUACCGGAUCUUACGGAAGAGGUCGCGCAAGAAAAUUACAAGCAAAUAUUUCUCAGGGAAAAGACAGUGUAGGACAUUUUUCUAGUAAAGUUCAAGAUAGGGAUGAUACAAAUAUACAUGGUAAAGUUGUUGAAGAACAAAGUGUUGGAAAUAGUUAA